AUGGCGGAAAACAAAAAAGCCGACUUCGAACAUGUAGAACCAUCACAUGCAUUUGUCGAAGAGAAAACCAUUCAUGCCCAUAAUGCCGCUUUAGCUGCAGCCUUGGAGGGAGAGAAGCCUAAACUCUUGGGUAAAGGUUAUAUCCGGCUUUACAUGAUAUGCGGAUUGUUAUACUUGUGUUCAACGAUGACCGGAUAUGAUGGAUCUCUCAUGGGAUCUAUCAAUGCCAUGCCCAACUACAUCGAAUACUACCAUCUACCACCAGAAGGGAACAGUGGCACCGGCAUAGUCUUUGCAAUAUUCCAAAUUGGUCAGAUGGCUGGGGCACUCUUUGCCUGGACUGCCGAUUGGCAAGGUCGACGGUGGCCAAUCUUUGUUGGAUGCAUCGGUGUUUGCAUUGGAACUAUCGUGACAGCCACUGCUCCAACCCUCGGCGCAUUCAUUGGUGGAAGAUUCUUACUGUCCUUCUUCGCGACAAUUGCAGCAAUUGCAGCACCUCUAUACUUGAUUGAGCUAUCGCCACCGCAAUAUCGUGGAACAAUAUCUGGAAUGUACAACACUUUGUACUACUUCGGUUCAAUCAUCGCAACCUGCGUUGUAUACGGCUCAAAUCUGCACCUUACCGGACCUAUUUCAUGGCGCCUGUCACUCUGGCUGCAGAUGUUAUGCCCAGGAAUUGUGACUGUAGGGGUCUGGUUUUGUCCAGAGUCACCUAGAUGGCUUAUCGGGAAAGACCGGGUCGAGGAGGCACGAAUUGUGGUUGCUUCUUUGCAUGCUGAUGGCGAUGUCAAUCACCCACUGGUCAACCUGCAAAUAGAAGAAAUGAGUGAAUCUUUGCGGGAGGAAGGAAUAAUGACGUGGCGCAAGUUCUUCGACAUGCGUGUCUUGUUCUCGACCCGUGCUAAGAGAUAUCGUCUUAUGCUGAAUGUGGCAUUCAGCUGGUUUGGACAAUUUUCGGGAAACAACGUUGCGUCAUAUUAUCUUCCAUACCUCGUCGCCAAUGUCGGAAUCACAAGCACAAAUACCCAACUGCUCCUAAACAUCAUUUAUGCGAUUGGAGGAUGGAUACCUGCCAUUAUAGGUGCCCGUCUGCAUGAUGUUGUGGGCCGCCGUAAGAUGAUGAUGUCUGUCGCUUUCGGCAUGGCAGUAUGUCUCUCCAUAGCUGCAGGUACAGCAGCUGGAUACGUCCAGACGGGGAGCAAGGCGGCUUCUUCUGCCUCGAUCGCCUUCAUAUAUGUCUUUGGAAGUGUCUUCGCGUUGGGCUACACUUCGAUGCAACCCAUUUACCCUGGAGAAGUACUAUCCAACGAUAUGAGAGCCAAGGGUAUGGGUGUAUCAGCCCUUGUGAGCGGAUGUGCUGGAUUUGUCAACACAUUUGCUGCCCCAGUCGCAUUGAGAAAGAUCAAAUAUUGGUUCUACGUUUUCUUUGUUUUCUUCGAUCUGUUCGAGGUCGUGUUCAUCUACUUCUUCUUCGUGGAGACCAAAGGUCGCACCCUCGAAGAGUUGGAUGAAAUAUUCGAAGCUCGAAACCCCCGAAAGGCAAGUACCCAAAAGGCUACCAUUGUUAGACGCGUCACUGGCCACGGAGACGGCGCGAAGGAGAUCACUGUAGAGGCAGCUUGA